ACAUAACAGUAUCAAGGAUAUUUACUCCUAUUGUUCUAAUUGAAACCAGUGAGCUACUUAUUGCUCGAGUUUCACUGAAAGAGGUACACCUUAUUUACGGAGAGAGUCUAACAAGUGAUUUCUUGUAGUGUAUAAUUAAGUAAUUUUUGUAAGUGAUGAGGCAAAUCUUAUGCCUCCGAGUAGUCAGUAAAGUUUUGACCGCCGCAAUGAGAAGCCACACUUACUUUGACUCCUUGGGCUCACCCAGGAUCAUGGCCCAGAUCCUCAAUGGCAAUGCGAUUGCUAAAGAUGUAAAGGAUGAAUUAAUAGUGAAAAUUAAAAAAUGGGUGGAAGAAGGUCACAGGCCGCCGUCUCUAAAGUGCAUCAUUGUAGGGGACGACCCAGCAAGCCACACCUAUGUCCGCAACAAAGUUAAGGCUGCAAAAUAUUGUGGUAUUGAUGCUGAAACUAUUCAGUUUGACAGUGACAUAACAGAAGAAUUCCUUCUCAAUCAAAUUAAUGAACUGAAUAACAGUGAAGAUGUUGAUGGAAUCCUGAUUCAGUUGCCGGUCCCAGAGACUAUAAAUGAGAGAAGGAUAUGCAAUGCUGUCUCUCCAAAAAAGGAUGUGGAUGGUUUCCAUAUCAUCAACGUUGGACAGUUAUGCCUGGAUAUGCCUACUAUCGUGCCAGCUACUGCUCUUGGUGUUGUAGAGUUGCUGAAAAGAGCUAAAAUCGAAACGCUAGGCCGUGAUGCAGUAGUGAUUGGCCGUUCGAAGAAUGUAGGCAUGCCGAUAGCUAUGAUGCUCCACACAGACAAGAGGCAUGAAAGUGGGCUAGGCAUGGACGCAACUGUUACAAUCUGCCACAGAUACACACCUAGGCCGAAAUUGGAGCAUUAUUGUAGGAAUGCUGACAUUAUCAUAAGCGCUACAGGUAUUCCCAAAUUGGUAACAGCAGAUAUGGUAAAGCCCGGAGCGGCUGUCAUUGAUGUUGGCAUCACUCGAGUGACAGACUCCGAAGGGAAAAACAAAUUGGUUGGAGACAUUGAUUAUGAUGAGGUAGUAAAAGUCGCAGGCGCCAUUACGCCAGUACCUGGCGGUGUAGGGCCCAUGACAGUUGCUAUGUUGAUGUCUAACACCUUCCAAGCUGCCAAGACUCUGCGGGACAAAUCAAUAGUGCUGCAGUGAGUUAUCGACACUUCUGCGAAUUUUCUUUGGCCAGUGAAUCCUAACACAAAAUAGAAUCAUUUAUUGAUUUGAAUCAUAUGUGACAUCAUUUAAAACUGAUUCGAUAUGAAAAUCUUUUACUAGGAAUCUCUGUAAAUAAUUAUUUUUGAUCCAGUCAGUAAGUUGAAGAAAAUUAAUAACAAUUAAAAUAAAAAAUCAUUGUUUUACUUAGAAUGACUUAUUGACGUCAAUAAUUAAAUUUAAACUAAAAAAUAAUCUCGAGUCUUCAGUUUAAUUGAGAGAGAUUUAUUCCUAAUUCCUCAGUGAGUGACAAUAAUAGUUGCUAAUAUCGAUCGUAAUUCAAUGCGUAUAAGGUUUGUUUUACUUUGGUCAUUGAAUAUGAGGAGAUAAUCAAAGUAAGUAAUGAUGUAGGUACGUUUCUUUCUCCUUUUUUCGUCUGCCUUUAAAAGACUACUGUAUUUUUAAAUACCUCUAUGUUUUAUUUAAAAAAUAAAUUUGACUGUUUUGGACUUAUUUAUGUUUUAUAUAAGAUUUUAAUCUCUAAUAUUUAAAAUUCAGUAAAUAUUGCUUAUUUUGUAAUUCUAAAAACGUUAAACGAUUCCAUUUGUAUAGAUAAAUGUGCCUUAACAAGUUAUAAUUAUAGGAUAUGAUAAAAUAAUUAUAAAAUAAGAUAAUAAUAUAACAUAAGAAAUUUUCUUUAAAAGAAACUACAUAUAAAAAAAUUAAAAUCAUUUUAUUUUUUUCGAUAUAACGUUUUUAUAGAUAUGAAAAGUAUUAUAGAUGUACUUAGUAGUAAUUUUUAUUUAGUGUCAUUUCUUUCAAUUCUGGCUGUGACAUCAAGCAUUUAACGUACGUAACAUGGACGUAUAAAAAAAAUCUAAUAAAUUAAACUUAAACAUUAUAGUGUAUUAGAAACCGUGUAUAGUUUUAAGUUUAUUAAUAGGAUAUUAUACAUUAAUUAUAAUACAAAUACCUGGAAUGUGCCUGGAAAGUUCAAUUUGAUUGGUUUUUUUUUUCAUAUUUUUACACGCAAAGACAAUUAGAUUCAAUACGCCUUGUAUAUUUUUUAUACGUCCAUGAUUCUUCAUCAAUUUCUAGUGUUUUAAUACACCUAUCUCGUAACUUUAACUUAUUGGAUUUUAAUGCCUACAGGGUAUUAUUUCUACCAGCAAUCGAAAAGAAAAGUUAUCGUGUCUCAAUAGAAGUUCUUAUUGCAUGUCAAUAAGAGCCUUUAUUAAAUAACCGUUUUGGUUAAAAGUUAGCAGACGUUUGAUGCAACCCUAAAACAUAUUUGGAUAAACUUCGUCUUAAAAUCAUUUAAUAAUAAAUUAUUUCGGAUUCGUGGAAAUUAUGUCUAGUUAAGCAUGAGCCAGACUGUAGUAAAUAUUUCUGAAAACUGUAGUUUUUAACUGGACACCUGUUUUAUACUGAAAUAACAUAUAAAUGUUAUAACUUUGAAGCUUGUUUUGAAGCACGAUUGGCUGAACUCUAUAUUUUUUAUUUAACAAAAUGUUUAAAAAAAAAUGUAAGCUAUGAUAUUACUUUCAAUUUCUAAAUCAUUUUUCUUAUUUCGCUAAAAAAAAUAGCAUAGGUCCAGACUGUUGUUGCUUAAUUUCGGUGUCCUUACGAAACCUAUAUUUAUUCAAAUGAAUUCGAAUUUAUAACAUUGUUUAUUUGCUAUACCUACUUAUUGUUUUAGGGUGAGUUGCACCAUCAAAUUUGACGUUUAUUUUAACCGGCGCGCCACUGAAGUGAAGUGAACGCCACUUUGCGUCUUUGUGCGCACGUUAAAGUCAAUGUAAAAGUUGACGGUGCAACUCACCUUUAGUUGUAAGUUCAAUUUUUAAGUUAUAAGUAAUAUACAAAGUUAUUCGUUAAACAUA